AUGGGCUACAGCUUUCUUCCCGCGCGGGAUAUCUGGCAGCACGCGCCCAUUCUAACAGGCAGCACUAAAUUCGAACCUCAGCAAGAUGUCAAGAACAUCAUGAUCACAGGUGGCGAAGGCUUCAUUGCUUCAUGGCUUGUUCGACACCUCGUUCUCACCUACCCCGGUACUUACAACGUCAUAUCAUUCGAUAAGCUAGAUUACUGCUCCUCCCUCAAUAAUACACGUGCUCUACGCGAGAAACCCAAUUUUACCUUCUAUCAAGGCGAUAUCACAAGUCCAAGCGAAGUCAUGGACUGCCUGAGUCGCUAUAACAUCGAAACCAUCUUCCAUUUCGCUGCCCAAUCGCACGUCGAUCUCAGUUUUGGCAAUUCAUACAGCUUCACCGAGACUAAUGUAUACGGCACGCACGUCCUUCUUGAGAGUGCGAAAACAGUGGGCAUCAAGCGGUUUAUUCAUAUUUCUACGGAUGAGGUCUAUGGAGAGGUUGCGCAUGGGAAUGAUGAUCUUCCUGAGGCGAGUAUUCUGUCGCCGACGAAUCCGUACGCCGCGAGUAAGGCUGCUGCGGAAAUGUUGGUGAAUUCGUAUCAGAAGAGCUUUAAACUUCCUGUUAUUAUUGUGAGAAGUAAUAAUGUUUAUGGUCCGCAUCAGUACCCUGAGAAAAUCAUCCCUAAGUUCAUCUCGUUACUUCAACGCGGCCAACCCGUCAUCCUCCAUGGAGACGGUAGUCCAACUUGCCGGUACCUAUUUGCAGGAGAUGCCGCCAACGCCUUUGAUACCAUUCUUCACAAAGGCGAAAUCGGUCAAAUCUACAACAUUGGCUCCAGCGACGAGAUCCCCAAUGUUCAACUCUGUCAUAUCAUUCUCGCCGAGAUGGGUAUCGAUGUCAAAGACACGAGCGAAUUUCAGCGCUGGGUAAAAUAUACUCACGACCGUCCCUUCAACGAUCAAAGAUACGCUGUCGAUGCUACCAAGCUCAAGAUGCUGGGUUGGACACAGAAGACAAGCUUUGAUGAGGGCUUGAGAAGGACGAUUGAUUGGUACAAGCGCUAUGGUGAUAAAUGGUGGGGUGAUAUUUCACCAGUGUUGACGCCUUUUCCUCAGGCUUUGAGCAAGCAACGAGAGGAGCAGGCUGUGACACCUACGAGUCUUCCGGAGGUUUAG